GCAUUUUGAUCGGUCAUACUGAUUUUCAUGCACUUUAUUGAAUUUUACGUAAACGCAGACCAUCCUGGCAGGUUAUUUAUGUAUGAUAGUAAGGUUUGCAAAUUCUUUAAGGCGUAGUCAACAAACUUUGAUCCAGUUUUCUCCAUAUCGAAACAUGAGUAAAUACAAAGUGCGUUUUUGCAACUUGGUUUGCCCCAACAAUACCCAUGAUCCAAUCCCAUUGCCAGAUGGCCAGACUGUGCAAAUCGGGCGUAGUCCGUUAACCCGUAUUAUGGACCCUAGAUGUUCCAGAAACCAGUUGGAAAUAACAGCAGACUGGAAGACAGAGGUCGUCACUGUAAAGCAGACCGGUAACAACUCCUCAGCAUUAGAUGGUAUAGAACUGGAGAAGGGGAGACAAUGCAAAUUGGAAGAUGGAGCUACAAUUUAUGUUUUAGCUGGACAGUAUCCACAGAAUGUAGAAUUUGGGAAAGAAAAGAUACAACAUUCAAAAGAAAAGUUAGAAAAAUUCAACAAUAAAUCACAAACAAAAAAGAGACCUGCCCCUGAUAGUGAACAUCAGGUAAAUGAAAGGAAAAAAGCAAGACUGUCAAAUUCUUCUCAUGUGAGAAAGGAAUCUACUAGUGAAGAGGAUGAACAUGUGAAUUCUAUUCAAGAAAAAUUAAAUAGGAUGAAACAGUCUCCAAAAAAACAUCAGGAUAAAAAGACAUCAGAUUCAACAUCAAAUUUAGAUGUGACUCCUUCAACGUCUAAGUCUUCAUCCCCAGGAAGUUCUAAAUGUGAUGAUAAAACUCUGAAAAAAGGAGCUGACUGCUUAGGUCCACCAAGGGAGGAGGCAAAGUGGGAACACCAUGACAAGCUAUAUGUUUAUACUGGAAAGGGUGUCAGGUCUAGUUCAAAGAUUGCAGGAUUUGACAUUGAUGGUACCAUCAUCACAACAAAAUCUGGACGAGUCUUUCCUAAGGACAAUGGAGAUUGGAAGAUUCUUUAUCCAGAAAUUCCUGGCAAGUUGAAGAAACUCCAUGAACAGGGAUACAAAAUUGUCUUCUUUACUAAUCAGAAAGGUGUUGAGAAAGGGAAAACAUUGAUUGAGGAUCUACAACAGAAGUUUACCUCAUUGCUAAAACUGAUGGGAGUCAGUGCUCAGAUCCUGAUAUCCACUGGAGACGGCAUGUUCAGAAAACCAUGUCUGGGCAUGCUCAAGUUCCUUCGGGACAGGGGAAAUGAGGACAUUAAAGUGAGCAUCCCAGACAGUUUUUAUGUGGGAGAUGCAGCUGGCCGCCCUGCCAAGUGGGCACCAGGUAAAAAGAAGGACUUUUCGUGCAGUGAUAGAAUGUUUGCGAUGAAUGCCGGGCUGAAAUUCUACACUCCAGAGGAGUACUUUCUUGGCCAACCUAAGGCCAAAUAUGAAAUGCCAGAUUUUGACCCGAGGAAAGUUAACAACAAUGACUGUCUUACAGAUCCUAGAGAUGCUAAAGUUUUCUCUUCCAGUCAAGAGAUGGUGAUAUUGGUGGGAUUUCCAGCUUCUGGAAAGUCCUUUUUCUCCACCACUCGCUUGGUACCAAAAGGCUACGUACACAUUAACAGGGACAGCCUUGGGACUUGGCAGAAGUGUGUAGCCCUGUGUACUAAAUCACUGAAAGAGGGCAAAAGUGUUGUCAUAGACAACACAAAUACAGUUAAGGAACAACGUGCACGGUAUGUCCCAUUGGCCAAGAAUGCUGGUGUUCCUUGCAGGUGUUUUGUCUUCUCUGCUUCUCUGUACCAGUGUCGACACAAUGAAAAGUAUCGUGAGAUGGUAGACAAAAGUCACAAAUCAAUUAGUGAUGUCACUAUGAACACUAUGAGGUCAAAAUAUGAAGAACCAGAGAAUGGGGAAGGCUUUAGUGAAAUUGUGAAAAUAAACUUUGUGCCUAAAUUCGAAAAUCCCCGACAUGAACGAUGGUACAAGAUGUUCCUUGUAGAAAGAUAAGAAUUUUCAUGUGGUGGUGCCAGAUCAAAGAGUCCAGAUAUCAGAACCGCUCAAGAUUGCUAUAUUACAGCAUUGAUAAGCUGAUACUUGUAGAUUAGCCCAUCAAGCUUUAUCAGCUGCAGUCUUAUCCAGAAACUAGCCUUCUGUACACAGAAGUGUUAGGUUCAGCACUUCAACCUGGGCUUUAUUUUACUUCCCUGGAUUUUCCGUUUGACUGUUUUACAUUUUUAAUUCAACAUUUAGUUUGGUUUUAUUUAUCCUUAUUCAUGAAAAGAACUGGCAUAUUUGAAAUUUUUUUUUUUGCUUUUUGAGAAAUACACCAAUAGCUUUUUAAAAUGCUUUUAUCAUUUUAGUUUCAGCUGUAUUUGAAUUUUCAAUAUAAUUAACAAUUUCACAUUCAUCUUGCAUGAAGGCUUUAUGAAAAUUGCUUAACUUCAUUUUAGUUUCAUUAUUUGGACUAAGUCUAGUUUGAGGCCAGUCAAUACAUGCAUGUCUGUCUUGUUUGCCAUUUUUCUUGUUAUUUUGGGGUGAUUUAAAAUAUUUCAGUUGGCAUUAUGGAACAUUGGAGUCAAAAUGAAACUGUUGUUGACUGUUGUCAAUUCUUCCUUUAAGAAGAUAUAGACUUAACAUGGAUCCAAUUUGUAUUUUGGAACAUUUUCUUAAGUUUGGUAAUGUCAAUAGAAUAAAAUUUCUUAUAACAAAACUAGUAGAAGAUUUGAGUGUGAUAUUUCAAUGACUACACAGUCACCUUCAUCAGACAAAUGAUCAGUGUGGAGCAUACUAACACUGAGGUAGGUAAUGUACAAGAUAGUAAGGAAUCACCCAAGUGUUUCAGCUGUACUAUAAUCCUAUGUACACUAAGGUUGAAAAUAGUGUCACAAGACAAGUGUGUGAAACACAGAUUAUAGACUAAAAAUAUGCAUGGCUUUGUUUAACAAUUGGUCAUAGAUAUGUGGUCCCCCUCAUCCCUGUUUAGUACUGACCAUCUCAAUAGUGGCCUUAACUAGCUGCCUCAAAUGGAUUUAUUGAUCUGGGGCUGAGAAUGUUUUUGCUUUGAUCUUGUGAAUCAUUUGCCUUCUUGGGAUUCCAUAUCUUUCUGAUGAUUGUUAAGUCGGAUCCCGAAUCUCCUGCCCUUUUUCUUUUGAUAUGUAGUACAGCUGGAAAAGUUGGUUGUUUUCUUACCAUCUGGAACACUUCAUAUGUCAGACCUAGUACGCUUCACACUGGUCAUUGCUCUUAUGAAGGUGACUGUGUAGUCAUCAAAGCAUUGCAUUCUAAUCUACUGGUUGAACUCAUAUUCUAUGGAGCCAACUUGGAUAGAGAUGUAAAUUCAAUGUGUCUUAGUUGGAGCCUGAAGUUGCUAUCCUGACCAACAGAGCUCGGGACAUUUUGGACAUCUUCUCAUUUCCACUGGAUUGAUUAUUAAUAAUCAUUGAGGUUUUUUUUCAGGAAACGUGUAUGCUUUUGUUAUUCAGUAUUUGGGCAGAUACAAACAAAUGUGUCCAACAGAAUUUUACACAGGUAUGUUGUUGAUAAUUUUGUCAGGCACAAAUUCAUUUUCCUGGUGUAAAGAAUAAAAUAAUGAACACUUCA